CCUUUCCACCAUUCAUUGGAGUUUACUGUUCCUGUUGCAAAGUGGCCGCGGUACUUCCAUGGCCCUUGUUCUUCGUAUGGACUUUUUGCUAUACGAUCAAGCUUCUCAGAGGCUCCCCCGGAUGGGCACAAGGGCUGUAACCCUUUCACCAGCGCUUUUGUUCAAGCCAGGACUCAGGACUACCCAAUGCGUAUUUUAUUUUGAGUGUUAGUAUCCUGUAUGAAAGGGCCCUAGCAACCGCCUAGAUUCAUAUGAACGAAUGAAGGGGUGAAAAGGAAACAUUGUCCUUUUUUAAUGGUUAUUCUCCUUUCAGGCGCUUGACAAGAGGGUACUUGUGUUGCCACUGCAGCACCCAUUCCUGUUCUCGACUAUAAAUUCGCGCAACCCAGGCGCACCAAACCCUUCAUCAUUCCACUUUAACUCUUACUCUUACUCUUACGGUGUGUUUAUAUCCUUCCACAUCGAAUACGAUUAACAAGCCUUCAGAUGUCCACCUUUACGCAAUCCACUGAAAGCCAUCCCCUUGGUGACGCGCCAACGCUUCCUUCUGUGAAGGACAUCGAUGGCAUGCAGCCCUACACCCUCUUCUCCCAGGUCCUUUCCCAGGAAGGCGACGAUGCUUAUCCCGUCCGUGUCAUCCAAGACCCCCGUGGUGCGUCAUUUAUAGCUUGGAAAAUGGCGCAGAUUGUCGUCUCUGCUCUCCAAAACCAAGUUCCUAACACUCUCGAAGACAAAAUUUUGCACGACUGGAUUAUCGACCAUUUCCAGCUUCUCGAAGAAUCUACCCAGGAUCCCUUUCACAUCGUUUUGCCCACCAACGGAUCUGUGCUCUGCUACCGUCACGAACCCGGCGCCAAAUUCAUGCCCGUCACGUGCCUUGACGCGAUUGCGGAAGUAAACUACGUUGCUCACAAUGCUGAUCAUGACCAUCCGAAGGAAAAGGCUACAUUCGUCGUAGUGAAGCCUCCCUUCUGGAACCCGGUGCAGACAAAUCCCACCCCAGACUUUUCUCAGGAAUGCCAGACAUGCAUGGAGAAUUCGAGAGAGAAUGAUCGACCCUCAAACCAAACGGCACCAGUCGCAACCCCUGCAAGAGGGGGUCGACGGGAACAACAACGGCGAAUGUUGUCGGUAGGAAGGAAUGGUACCGGCGAGGAUGAGGACGCAAAUAUCUACAAGAACAAGGUUAUCUACCAGGAGGAUAUCGACGAGGGCAAGGAUAAGGAGGACGAUAACGACGGCGAGAACACCAAAUCUUCGCCAUCUUCUGGCAUGACUUCAGAGUGGUCAGAGUGGUUGAAUAGUAGGAGUGAGGACUGCUGUUUCGACAUGGCGCCACCAACAACUCUAGAUGAGGACGAUGAGCUUCCGGCUAGUCAGGCCAUGUUGGAAAUCGAGAAUAGCGGGUAUGAGAGGAGGUAUGACGACCCGCCAAGUGACGAUGAUCUCUGGGAUUCUGAGUACUAGCCCUUACCGUGUUGUCUGACAGUGCAUGUCUUUAUAUAGUUUACAUUCAAUAAUCCAAUGUUCGUCGACGACUUUUCCCA